AAAUAAGGAAACAAAUUUGCGCCUGUCUUUCCCUUCGUUAUGGCAACUCUGUAGACAUCCGUAUGAGGCCACAGUCUGGAACACAUGGUGCCACUCAAACCCCUUCUAUCUCUACAACGAAAGUGGAGAAAAAUGACCGGCCUAUUCAAAUUAUGCCAACAACUUGUAACUGGCCUAGUACUGCGUGCAGGGAAGGCGCAUCACUGCUCAUCUACAUCAAAUACUGCUAGAUUUUCCACCCCCAGAAAAGCGUACCAGCCAGCCUGCCCACCACACCCGAGUCAACAACCACGCUGUCGUCACUGCAGAAAAACACAAUCAACAUGACCCGUUCUCCCCUGAGGAGGUGGAAUUUGAGUAGGGAAAGCUUCAGAAAUGCAGGAAGGAUUAGCGGUGAUGACUGCAGGCUGCCAUCGACCCGCAGAUGCAGGUGGGAGGAGAGGAAAUACCUGAAGAAGUGUUGCAUAUUUGCCAAGAACACCAGGGGACAGUUUAACAAGACACCUGCAAUGGCACCACAAGUUCCUGCCUUUGAAGUGAAGCUUGCUACAGACUCUGCCUUCAAGCUGACAUGGGUUCAAAGGAUUCUCAAGAGUGUUGAGGAUCAGAUACUGACAAGAACUGGCUGGCAUCUUACUGUGUUCAACAGAUAAGAUCACAUGACCUCUCCCACACCCUUGACCUGACCAUGUAACUGGCCAGGACCAUACUGAGGCGAUCUGAGAGUCUCCUAACUUCUCUGCCCCAACCCAGCGGCAGAAAUAGCCCAAGAAGUAGCCCAAAUGUAGCCUGCCAUAAGAGAUAGCCCAGUAGCUAAAAAAAAUAGCCCAAAGAUUAGGUUGCCAAAAAAAUAGCCCAAAGAAUGUGGUUUUUUAUGUUUUAUUUAUUUAGUUUAUUUAUUUUAAUUGUAAAGGAAGUUAAGAAUUUUUUUUUAAGUCAGUCAGUUCUCUAAGUCAAGAAAGGUGUGUGUGUGUGUCAGUCAGUCAGUCAGUCAGUCAGUCAGUCAGUCAGUCAGUCAGUCAGUCAGACAGACAGACAGACAGACAGACAGACAGACUUAUGCCAUUGAGAAAAUGACAUUAAGCUCUAGGCUAUUAAAAGUAGAUUUGAUAUUUGAGAGAGAGAGAGAGAGAGAGAGAGAGAGAGAGAGAGAGAGAGAGAGAGAGAGAGAGAGAGAGAGAGAGAGAUAAUAAUUGUAGUAUGUGUGUGUGAGAAACAUGACUGGCUGCCCAGAUCACCCUUUGAGGCAGCUGAUUGGUUGACAACUUGGUGCUUGUAUCUGAUUGGUCACCAUGACUUAGAUGUGACACAUGAUUGGUUGGAAUUACUACUGUUACUGUUAUUUUUAAGUUCUGACUAAGUGUAAUGGGAAA